UGCAUUUCAUGUCGGUUUCAUUCGGCCAAGACAAAACCGAAUACAACAAUGUAACCGAAUACAACAAUGUCUUUUUCAAGUUCUACCGUCCUUUGAUAUGACCAACAGGAAAAAUUAUCCAACUUCUUGUGAAUGUAACUUCAAAUUUGGAGUUUAUGCUACAAAGAAGCCUUGACAUAUAGUUUAUGUUACAAAGAAGCCUUGACAAAUCAAUAGGACAUGGGGUCACAAUAAAGUAGAAUCCAAAGUGUUGUCUUGAUGUAGGAUUCUCUCUCUUUGUUGGUGCUUGCUGUAUACUUUACACCAAACCCCCCUACUUUGUUCAUGACGAUGGCUAAUGGAGUAUGGCCAUCGAUCUUCUCUCUGAUUGUAUGGACAAAUGGCAGGAAGAUGGUCGACUCAUCCUCCAUCUAUCAUCUCCUCUUCACUAAGUAUUCAUUAUCACCAUAACUGCAGUAAUCAAUACAACCAGGAGUGCCAUCAUGAUCAUCAUAAUUCUGAUUGUUUUGGGUCAUUCGGAAAUGUGAUCUGGUUAUUAGAGUUCAUAGAAUUAAUAUUAAAUGGAAGGAGGAGAUUAUGAUUAUUUGUUUAAGGUGAUGUUUACAGGUGACUCAGGUGUAGGCAAGUCAAAUAUCAUAUCCAGAUUGACUAGAGAUCGUUUCUCCCAUCAGUCCAGGCCUACUGUGGGUGUGGAGUUCGCCGUUCACACAAUUCAGGACAAGGGGAAGACCAUACGAGCUCAAAUAUGGGAUACAUGCGGUCUAGAGCGCUAUGCUUCAUUUACAAAAUCUUGCUAUCGUGGGAUCGCAGGGGCUUUGAUAGUUUAUGAUAUCACCAGGCCUCGUACCUUUGAAAACGUUGGGAAAUGGCUCAAGGAGCUUAGAGACCAGGUUAAUACCAAUCCAGUAAUCAUGUUAGUAGGCAACAAAUCUGAUCUACAACAUCUACGAGGUGUAUCGACAGAAGAUGCUCAAAACUUUGCUGCACAGGAAGGUCUUCUUUUCAUGGAAACCUCAGCACUUAAACCUACAAAUGUUGAUAAAGCCUUGCAAAUAGUUCUGCAAGAAAUACAUAAAAUAGUGAGUGAGCAGGCACCUGAUUCUGACGAAUCAAAAGUAGAUGGGAAACGCAUUUCCGUUGCAAAGGUGAGGACAGAUACCGAGAGGAAGGGUUGUUGUUCAUAGUACCAAUUCACACAAUUCCUUUCGAGUCCAAGCAAGAAAGGAUUUUUCCUUUUAAUUGUGUGGAGCUGGCUGCAAAUUAUAAAAGAUCUAAUGUCAGAAGAUGGCACAAAUGCCUAGAAAUGUACUUGUUUAUACUGCAACGUACAGAGCUAAAAAGUCAACGUGAUUCUUUUGAUGUUAUCUGUAAGGCUCUUCCUUAGUUGGCUUGCAUAUUUUGCCCAUUCUUAUUGAUAGCUGGAAGUUGCCACUUUUAGGUAUCUUUUUGAUGUAUGCUAUCUUCUAUUAUAAGCUAUGUGAAAUGAUUCAAAAGUGUUUUCA